AGUUAUUGGGCUCGUUACUGGACUGAAUACUCUUUCGCAUCCAAACAGUUCAUGGACACAAGUGAUACAGUAAACUAUAAAAGCGUACUACCCCUUCCAUCGUACAACGCAUGACAACCACUCACCGCUUCCUGCUCGCAAUUCCUGACAUCAAAGCGCACAAACAUGUCCCAAUAUUUUGCAAAAUCUAUCACAGCUUGGUUUCAAGAACCACAGAUCUUCAUAGUACUCGACUCAGCGAUCCAUAUCCUAGUAGCAAAGCUUUACCCGCAUCGAUUCAGGACCAGGUCAUAACCCUCGCAAAUGAAUUGGCAAACUGUAGUAAUUUGUGGCAGUCGAGUCAGAUUCAUGCCCACGUUAUUCGUACCCACAUGCUGGAGCUGCAACCCUUUCCAUUUCACUGGAACAACCUCAUUAGAGCGUACACUAGGCAAGAUGCUCCCUUCAGGGCUCUGCGCGUCUACAUCGCCAUGUCUCGAGCUGGGGUUUUGCCAGAUUCGUACACUCUCCCUAUAGUAGUAAAAGCCGCAGCCCAACUUUUUGCUACCCAUUUUGGCAGGCAGGUUCACUCCGUUGCUAUAAGGUUGGGUCUCGAGUCAAACGUGUACUGCGAGAGCGGGUUGAUUUCCUUGUAUUGCAAAGCGGCAGAAUUUGUGAAUGCACGCAAGGUGUUUGAUGAAAACAGUGAUAGAACACUGGGUUCUUGGAAUGCCUUAAUUGGAGGAUUAUCCCAAGGUGGGCAUGCCAAAGAAGCUGUGGAAAUGUUUAGAGAGCUGAGGAAAAGUGGAAUCCUGCCAGAUAACCUGACAAUGGUUAGCGUAACAUCCGCUUGUGGAAGCUUGGGAGAUCUGAAGUUGGCUCUUCAAUUGCAUAACUGCGUUUUCCAAUGUAAUAACGUGGAGAAACCAGAUAUUCAGAUGUUGAAUUCGCUUAUCGACAUGUACGGAAAAUGUGGCAGGAUGGACUUAGCAUACAAGGUGUUUUCAAGAAUGGAUCAACCAAAUGUAUUAUCAUGGACCUCCAUGAUUAUGGGGUACGCAAUGCAUGGACACGUAACCGAAGCACUUGAGUGUUUUGGGUGCAUGAGAGAGGCCGAGGUUAGACCCAACCAUGUGACCUUUGUCGGAGUGCUAAGCGCCUGCGUGCAUGGAGGGAGAGUUCGAGAAGGAAGACUUUACUUUGAGAUGAUGAAGAAUGUUUAUGGGAUAUUGCCGAAGUUACAGCAUUAUGGAUGUAUGGUUGAUUUGCUGGGGCGAGCAGGGUUGCUGGAGGAGGCGAGAGAAGUGAUUGAAGGUAUGCCAAUGGCAGCGAAUGAGGUGAUAUGGGGGUGUUUGAUGGGUGCGUGUGAGAAGCAUGGGGAUGUGGAGAUGGGAGAGUGGGUAGCAAAGCAUUUGAUAGAAUUGGAACCGUGGAACGACGGGGUUUAUGUCGUUUUAUCUAAUAUUUAUGCGGAUGGAGCCUUGUGGGAAGAGGUUGAAAGAAUAAGAGGGAUUAUGAAGCAGAGAAAACUUGCUAAAGUUCCUGCUUAUAGCUUUGCAGCAACUUCAAUUUAAGACAAAAAAAAAAAAAAAAAAUCUAUUUAAGUUUGAAAUAGAAUUA